AUGGCACUGAUAACCAAGCGGUACCGUAAGGCGCUGAAGCUAGCGACGGUUGUCCUUGUGUUAUGUGUCACAUUUAUCGCGACCAGCAGAUUUAUGGAUGAAGGUCUAUCUGUUUCCGAGUACCAGGACUAUAUAAAAAGCUACCUGGGGAAUGCACAGCCUGCAGACACAAUUUCUAGGAAUCCUGCGGUAGACGUAGGCUUAAACGCUGGUAGGGAGCCUAUUGCUAAUGGCGGGAACGCUAAGUUAAAGAAAUUUUACGAACAGGUCUUUGAGGACUUGAAAAAUUACUCUCCAAGUAGUAAGUCAGCCAGAGAGUACAGCAAACAAUGUUCAUUGAGUGGUGAUAUUGGGUUUCGUCCCGAAAACUAUAACGAGUGGUUCAAACUCACGGAGCGAGAACUGUCACAGUGUUUGGUUGUUUCAAAUGCAGAUGUGGCUAAAUUACGCCAGAGUCAUUCCGAUUAUGUGAAAGCUCUUGGUAGCCUUGUUUUGCCCAAGAACUCUUACAAGGGGCAGGGUAUAGUAACUGUCGGUGGUGGAAAGUUCUCUCUGAUGGCUUUACUCGUCAUCAAGACUUUGAGGAAUCUCCAUACUACCUUACCAGUAGAAGUAUUCAUCCCACCAAGUGAUGAGGGAGAGACUGAUUUGUGUGAGACAGUUUUCUCAAAAUAUAACGCCAAAUGUAUUUUCCUGUCAGAUAUACUACCUGCACCUUCUCUGAAAAAGUUUCAAUUCACCGGGUACCAAUUCAAAUCAUUGGCUCUUAUUGCGUCCAGUUUCGAAGACGUUUUGUUUUUAGACGCUGAUAACUUUCCAGUCAAAACAUUGGAUCACAUUUUUGAGCAGGACCCAUAUCACUCGACUGGUCUUGUUUUAUGGCCAGAUUUCUGGAGAAGAACGACACAGCCAUUAUUCUAUGACAUCGCCGGUAUCCAAGUCGAUAGAAAGAAACGUGUUCGUAACUGUUUCGAUGACUUGACACCACCAGAAGUUUAUACCAAGAAUCUUGGAGAUUUGUCAAACGUACCGUUCCAUGACUUGGAGGGUUCCAUCCCGGAAGUUUCCACGGAAUCGGGUCAACUGAUGAUCAGCAAAUCCAAGCAUUUGCCCACGAUUUUGUUGGCCUUAUACUAUAAUGUCAAUGGUCCAAGUUGGUAUUAUCCAAUGUUUUCUCAAAGAGCUUCUGGUGAAGGUGACAAGGAGACGUUCCUCACGGCUGCAAGUUUCUAUGGGCUGCCGUAUUAUCAAUUAAAGAGUGCAACUGGUGUUGAAGGUUAUCACAGACCAGAUGGACAAGGUUUUCGUGGUGUGGCAAUGUUACAGCACGAUGUGACUCAGGAUUAUAUGCGGUACAAGACCGCGCAAAAAGCAAUCUCUAACAAAUACGGAGCACAAGCCAAAAUCAGUUAUGACAGUAGUUACUCAUUGCACGAGUUUUACAAGACUUAUUUUGGUGCAGAUGAACCCAACUACCCUAACGAGGUCGACAUCAUGUUUGCACAUUCGCAUGCACCUAAAUUCGAACCUUACACUCUGUGGAAAAAUCAGGACUUAAUCUGGGAAGGUAAACAUAUCCGUUCCUACACUGCAUUGUCCAAGAUAAAUCGCUAUGAUCUCGAAUUGGAGAAUUUUAAAGCCAUAAAUGAAUACGUUUGCGUCAAGAGAACAAAUGUUAAAUACCUGAAUGAGAAUUUGGCGACAAGCGCUGAAUGGGCAUCAAUGUGUGAUUACAUCAGGGAUAGGCUUGCUUACUUACAGUCAACACAUGUCCAAGCAGUCUCGCCGUCCAAAUAG